GAAGAUUAACAUAACAAUUAUUUGCUUAUUGACCUCCUUUCUUUCCGGGGAAUUACAGUAAAUUACUGAUGAUUUAACUUUAUAAUGGAACAAAAAGAGGAACCUGAUGUAACAAUUGAAUACUGUAAUAAAUGUGGUUAUUUGGAGAAAUAUCAGGAACUAUUGGAGUACCUUCAACAGGAACAUCCUUCUGUAAAAGUUAAAGGACAUGAAGGUCGAAGGGGUUCAUUCGAAGUUACUGUGAACGGUGAAACAGUUCAUUCCAAAUUAUCAACAUUGGCUUAUCCAGAUUACGAAGAUUUAUCCAAAAUAAUAAAGGAUGUUCAAAGUGGAAAAUCUACAAGAAAAUGUAAGGAACAACCAAUUACCAGUUGUUCUUUGUCUUAGUUCUUAAUUGUAUAAUUAUCUAUACAUUUAUUUAGUAGUAAAGAACAUGUUUAGAAUUAGUUGUUCAGUUUGAGUUUUAUAAAUUUUGAAAAAUUUCCUGCUAUUUCUUCUAGUUGUUAAAAUUUGCUUUUUUU